AUGAAUCACGGUAUGUUUGUGGAGAGCAGCGGUCCCCAUGCGAAGGCGGCUGAGAAGGAAACAGACUGGGUUCUAGACGGAGGCUGGCUGCCCCAAGCAGUCAUUCGAUAUGGAAUUCGACGACAGCUACGAGACCGCAUUCAUGCUAUCCAGACAACAUCGCUCGACGAAGCAUAUCAGGCGAAGAUGAAAUACGUGAAGGCGCUACGAACACGACCAAUGGCAAUUGAAACUGCCACCGCUAAUUCUCAGCAUUACGAGGUCGGUACAGGGGUUUUGAGGGCCUGCCUGGGGCCGCGAAUGAAGUAUAGCUGCUGUCUCUAUCCCACUGGGAAAGAGACACUAGGACACGCCGAGGUGGAGAUGCUGGAGACGUAUAUAGAAAAAGCGGAACUAGCCGAUGGGAUGAAAGUCUUAGAUUUGGGUUGUGGUUGGGGAUCUGGAGCACUCUUCUUCGCCGAGAUAUUCCCAAACGCCAGGAUCACAGCAUUUUCCAAUUCAAGGACCCAGAAAGCAUACAUUGACGAUCAGGCCGAGUCAAAAGGACUUUCAAACAUCAAGGUACUCACUGGAGAUGUCGUGGAUUACGAAUUCGAUGAAGAUGCUUUUGACCGUGUGAUAUCCAUUGAGCUGUUCGAACAUAUGAAGAAUUAUCAGCUUCUAAUGGCGAAGGUAUCGCGCGCCUUGAGGCCAGGUGGGAAGCUUUUCAUUCACAUAUUCGCUCAUAAAACAACACCCUACGAUUUCGAAGAAGGGUGGAUGAGCACGCACUUUUUUACUGGGGGCACAAUGCCCAGUGCGGACCUGCUACACUACUUUCAAGGGGACCUUAAAUUGCAGGAGCAAUGGUGGGUGAGCGGGAAGCAUUAUGCUAGGACCUGCGAGGAUUGGCUGUCAAAAAUGAACGACAGCAAGCAAGAGAUCUGGCCUCACCUGGAAGAUACAUAUGGGAAGAACAGUGCUGCUAUGUGGUUUUACAGAUGGCAGAUCUUUUAUAUGGCCUGCGCUGAGCUCUUUGCGUAUGAGGGUGGGGAUACUUGGGGGGUAUCACAUUAUCUGUUUGAAAAGCCAUAG